UACCAGAUAGAUUAUAUCAACCAAAUAAUCAACUUGUCUAUACCUCUUGCUAUAAAACCUAUUAUGAAAGUUUGGAAUAUGAUAAUCUACAAAGUCAAGAAUAUUAUCAGACAGGAUUAGGAAAAAGAACUUUUGUUAACUAUAAG